CUCGCUAAUUUACGAAACAAAAUGUAGCAACAAAUUACUAUUUUUCAUAAAUUAUUGGUGUACCAUUUCAAAGCUCAUAUGGAUUUCCGUUUAUCAUAGUAUCAGUUUAUCUCGAAAAAUCAAGUAUUUCAAUAUUGAAUGUAAAAUAUGCAAAGUUACUUUGCCCAUUGGGUGGACCUACACUCUUAAUAAUUCGGUUAUAAAUUUCUAAUAACUCGUAUAACCAAGCUACAGGUUAUCAGGCCUUUAACCAAAAUGUAAAUAAAAUUGUAACCAAUUUAUAACCAAAGAGAAAUUCUAUAAUGACCGUUCUGGUAAUAUGCAGUUUAACUAAGUUGGUUAUAGUUGUAAACACAAUGGUUAUGAUUAUAACCAAUAAAUAAUAUUUUAUUACAACCAAAGCAUAACCAAAGGUGAAUCAAAUGAAUUUUAAUUUAGUUAUAAUGAAAAUUACGUAUGGUUAUAAUUAUGUGCAUCAUUUGUAUGAUUUAUAACCUAUUGGUUAUAUGCAGUGUUUAUUUGACGCUACGCAAGUGGCGCUGAUUCACUUUACUUUUUACUCGCAUCGUCAAAAAUGUCAAAAUUAGUUCGUGUUUCCAAUUUGACUCGUGGAAAAAAGGUUCUAAUUUCUAACGGAAAUUAUUCCGAAUUUUUAUUAGAAGUUAAAGCAAAAUUCGAUUUGGAACCUGACGUUGAAGUAAUUUUGAAAGAUGACCAGGGGGCAGAAAUCCAGGCAGAUGUUUUUUUGGUGCUCUUAGAUCUAGUUCUAAUACCAAAUUUGGAAUUCAUCAUUAAAGACGAAUUUCAAAAUGAGGUUCCAUUAUCUUUUAACCUUGACCCUGGAAUAUCAUCUCAUGUUGGCAGUCAAAAUGAUUCAGUUAAUUCUUGUAGCAGUUUGACGACUUUUGGGCAAAAUUUGGAUUUCACACAGAUUUUAAAAUCUACAGUCGACAGCAACCAUGAAUUGCAAAAUUUGGUCACGGAGUGCAAUUCCAAAGGAUUUGUCAACAAGCAAUCAUCAACAAUAUUAAUUAAUUGUUUUGUGACUAAAUUGAUAGAAAUUAAAGGGCCAUCGCCCUCUACAGCUGAUCAAAGGUUGUUUGCUAUAUCAAUAUUAAACAUUCUCCCUUGUUGGAGAUAUCCUCAGUCAGCUGAAGGGAUUGAUAUUUUAUUUGAUGAUGUCAAUCGGUCUGGCCUAAUCCAAUCCCGUUUAAGAGCCAUUCAUCAGAAAUUGAAUGCUGAGCAACCAAAUCGUAAAAGGUCAUCUCAAAUAAAAACCUUGGGAUCUCAUUCAAAAACUUCAAAAACUGCUGUAGCAGAAUCCCCGGAAUUUAAUGAAAAGUUAGUUCAAGAUUUGAAUUCUGCAAGCACAAAGGACGGAGGAGGUCUUAUCAAGGAGUUGAUGGGUGCAACAUUAGACCACAGAAAUUACUUGCGUUCAACAAGAGACAAUUUAUUUUUGAAGAUUUAUCCAAAAUUCAAAGAGUGUGAUUUUAUGAUCAAUCACGAGUUUACAUUGAUGCAUCCCAAUGAUGACAAUCGUUUUUUGGAAAAUUGGCCGGCCCUUUCAGAAGGAAUUGUUGAAAAAGCAAAGGAAAUAAGUCAUGCGCCAGCCCUUUUAAAAUUCUUGGCAGAAGAAUUUUCAAAUUGGGACAGCGGCAUCGGUGCAUUGUUAGCGUUGCUGCAUCUCAUUCCACCUACUGUCCAAGGCAAAGGAAAGGGGAAAAGGUGCAAAUUGAAUGAAGCGGCCGGCCGCCUUAUAUCAUUUUAUAAGACUAAUACUCCUCUACAAUGAAUCCUCGACACUUGGAAACCAGAAAUCACUCAGCCAAGUCUAAUCUGCAUUGGAGAUAAUAAGAAAAAUCUCUCAAGCUUUUUCGUUUACUGCGACGGACACAUCCUUCCUCUAGCAGCACAAAAUUCAACGGAAGCAAUUGACUCUCUCUUCAAGACCCACAUUGUAUUUAGCAUCGAAUAUGACGACAACUUAAAAGGAUUGUGGAAGUUUCUUCAAGCCUUUGUAUACAAACUUGAUUUGGAUUCGCCACUGCCACCCAGAGUGAAGCAAGUUUUCUGCCAGCUGCAACAAUAUUUUAAUUAGUAUUUAAAAUGUUUAAUUGUAAUAUAUGUAGCAAACUUAUUAUUAGUAGUAGAGAGUUUCAAAAUCAUGUUAAAUAUAUUCAUAAUUUUAGUGAGGUAAAUUUUAAAAGUCAAAUUUGCUCUUAUAGAAAUUGUGAUGCUCAAAUUAAUACUUGGAGUGGAUAUAUGCGUCACAUAAAAUCUCACGAUAGUAAUGCAAAUGAAAUUAAUAAUAAUAAUUUAGGAUUAGAUUUAGAAAUUGUUUCACAAAUUCCGGAUUUUCAGAAUGAAGUAGUUGUAGACGAAUCUUGUGAAACUGAAAAUUUUUCUGUUGAGCUAGGAAUUAAUUUAUUAGUUAAACAAUUAGGAGAAUUUUGUUCAAAUUUAGUAGCAAGCGGCAUUAAUAAUUCAAUUGUUGAUUUAAUAGUAAGGGAAUUAAAGCAUACCAUGUUAGAAGCUUUGGAAAUAGUUUUAAAAAUUAGUAAACCAUUUUGUGAAAAAGAGUUUGAAAAUUUUUCAACCAAGACAAAAUCUUUGUUACAAGCCUUUGAGAAAGUUAAAUCCGCGUACCAAAGACAAAAAUUAUUUGAAAAGAAUGACAAAAUGUUAUUGCCAGUUGAAAUAACUUUAGGGAGUAGGGUUGAGCAAAAAGUUAGAAAUUUCAAAAGGCAUCAAGUAAUGGUAGCCGAUACAUUUAUGUAUGUACCUCUCCUCAAAACUUUAGAAAGUAUUCUCUCAACCCCAGCUUAUCUCAAAUUCUUUAAUUGUGAAGAAAGUUUAAACAAAAUUGGACAAAUUUCAAGUUUUAGUGAUUCCCAAUCUUUCAAAAAUAACAGAUUGUUUGCGCAUCAUCAAAAUGCUUUACAGAUUCAAAUAUUUUAUGACGAUUUUGAGACGGUCAAUCCACUUGGCUCAAAGCGUGGGGUCCAUAAAAUUGGUGGAAUUUAUUUUAUUUUGAGAAAUUUCCCCGAUUACUUUAAUUCUCAAUUAAAUAAAAUAAAUUUGCUAGCACUAUUUUAUUCCGAAGACGCUAAAAAAUACGGAAUAAAUUCAAUUUUAAAAUUUUUGCUUCCAGAUUUAAAAACUUUAGAAAGAGUUGGGAUUAACGUUCAAGGUUUGGGAAACGUUUUAGGAAGCGUUUGCACAUUAGUUUUCGACAAUUUAGGAGCUAACUCACUUUUAGGGUUUUCUGAAUCUUUUAAUGCUAAUCAUUAUUGCAGAAUAUGUUGUACAAGCAAGGAUGAAGCGCAAAUAAUUUUAAAACAUUCUCAAAUGACAAUUAGAGAUAAAAACAAUUAUGAAUUGCAUUUAUCUCAAAAAAAUUAUGGAGUUCAACAUCCUUGUGUUCUGAAUGAACUUCAAUAUUUUAAUUUCAUUGACUCUCCAACAGUCGAUAUUAUGCACGAUCUGUUGGAGGGAGUUGUACCAUAUGAAAUCAAAAUUGUUCUCAAAAAGUUAAUUACUUUAAAUUGUUUUUGUUUAGAUAUUGUUAACCAAAGGAUUUUGGCAUUUAAUUUUGGUUAUAUCGAGUCCAAAAAUAAACCAAGUCCUGUAAAAUUAGAUUCUGUUGGUAACAAAAUUGGGCAAAAAGCCGCACAAGCAUGGUGCCUUAUUAGGUUCUUGCCCACAAUUUUGGGAGAUUUAAUUAUUACUACCGAACAAAAGAAAUAUUGGGAAUUACUUUUACAACUUUUAGAAAUUUUAAGUUUAGUUUUUUGUCGAAAAUUUUCAGAAGCAACUUUGCUUAGACUUGAUGAAUUAGUUUAUGUUCAUCAUAGACUAUUUUUGAAACUUUUUCCAGAGUUACGUUUGAUUCCAAAACAUCAUUUCAUGUGUCACUAUUCUUAUGUGAUACGACAAACUGGCCCCUUAGUUUCUCUUUGGACAAUGAGGUUCGAAGGGAAACACAAUUAUUUUGCCCAAUUGGCAAAUAAUAUUAAAAAUUUCAAAAACAUUUGUUAUUCCCUUGCAAUGCGUCAUCAGCAAUAUAGUUCUGUAAUGUUUAGAGAGAUUUCUAUGAACGAUUUUAAAGCAGACAAAAUAUUUUGUUUAAAGUUGACUCAAUUUUCAAACUCAUUUGACAUUAUAGAAUUGCUUAGAAAUGUCUCAGGGUUUGAAAAAUGUGAUUUGCAGACAGAAGUAUAUACAACAAAUGAAAUUAUUUUUAGAAAUUAUUGUUACAAAGUUAAUUAUGUUCUAUGUUAUGGUAUGGGUAAUGUCUUUCCUAAAUUUGGAAUAAUUUUAGAUAUAAUAUUAGCUAAUGAUAAGACAUGUUAUUUUCUUGUUCAAGAUUUGAAGGUUGAAUACUUUGACCGACAUUUUUUUUCCUAUAAAAUAACAUAUUCGAAAGAUAUUUAUUGUCUCAUUAAUGUUAAGGAUUUGAUAAUACAUGAUUGCAUGGAAGCUAUGCAAAAUAGUAAAGUAAAUGGUAAUUUUAUAUCUGUUCGACAUCAUAUUUAAUUUUCUAUGUUAGAAAAGUAAUUUUUAUGUUAUUAUAAAUUUAAAUAAGUUGUUAAAUAUUGUAUUGUAAUAUUUAAUUAAGCAAUUAUGUAUAUUAUAAGCUCUACUACUAAUUCUAUAAAGACCGAAGUGCAGUCGAUAGUUAAUUUUAAAAAGACCGAAGUGCAGUCGAUGAUUAAUUUUAAAAAGACCGAACUACAGAAAAAAAAUUCUAAAAAGACCUAAGUGCAAGCAUGUAUUUACUUAUGGCUAUAUCUUGCCAAAACGAUUCUUCACAUAUCGCGCGAUUUAGCCAUAAGUAAAUACAUGCUUGCACUUAGGUCUUUUUAGAAUUUUUUUUCUGUAGUUCGGUCUUUUUAAAAUUAACUAUCGACUGCACUUCGGUCUUUUUAAAAUUAACUAUCGACUGCACUUCGGUCUUUAUAGAAUUAGUACGACGAUAUGUAAUAUAAAAUGUGUUAUUAUACAUGUAUUAUAUUAUUAUUAUAAAAUAAAACAUUUUUAUAACUAGAUUUUAUAACCAUCAAAUGCAUUGUUUAUAACCAAAUUGUGCAUGCAUAUCUGUGUAAUUGGUAAUACGUAUAACCAGAAUGAAUAAAUAAAUACAACCGACAUGGUUGUUUCUAUAACCAA